AUGUCUCAAUCAAUGAUGAGGAAGUUUGUUGUUACUAACAUGUGUGUUGUUGCUGGAUUGACAAGACGCACAAGUGCAAGAAGCCUGGCUACAAGUUCAGCCAAACCAAUAAAAGAGGCUCAGGUAUUACCACCGGAGAGGGAAAUCACAAAGUCUGUGUUUAUGUCACAAUCAACAGACAUCUACACAAAUCUAGCAAUGGAAGAUUGGAUGUACCGUAAUAUGGAUUUUUCAAAUCACCAUGUUAUGAUGGUGUGGCGGAAUGAGCCCUGUGUUGUUAUUGGAAGACACCAAAACCCCUGGCUUGAAGCUAAUGUACCUUUCUUAGGUGAUAAGGAAAUUGCCCUUGCUCGGCGUAAUAGUGGUGGAGGCACAGUGUAUCAUGACCGAGGAAACCUAAACAUAACAUUUUUUACCCAUAGAGACCGAUAUGAUAGAAAAUAUAACUUAGAAAUUAUCAAGAGGGCCUUGUAUAGAAGCUUUGGAAUAAAAUCUCUUAUCAACGAGAGACAAGACAUUAUUGUUAGGGACAAAUACAAAAUAUCGGGAACAGCUGCUAAGCUAAGCCGUUUAACAGCGUACCAUCACUGCACACUUCUAGUCAACGCCAACAAGGCUGAUCUCAGCAAAGCACUUGCUAAACGAGAGCAUGGCAUACAGACAUCAGCGACUCCGUCAACGCCGUCUCCUGUCGUAAAUCUGGCCGAUCUGGACAAUAGGGUAACCGUGGAAAGCCUUCAGACGGCCAUCGGCUACGAGUACCUUCGCACACCGGCGCUUCAUAUCGAAGAUGCCGGUGAGAGGCAUAUAUCGCAACAGAGGGGUUUCCAAUUCGUUAACCCCACUGAAGAUUGGUAUCCAGGUAUUGCAGAAUUAAGAAAGGAAUUGACGACAUGGGAAUGGUGCUAUGGCAGAACACCAGAGUUCACUGUUAGCCGCUCUUUCCCCGUGCCACCGGAACUUCUCUCGUCCAAACUCUAUUCCGCCUCUCAAGAGUUGAUUAUCUCCAUGACUGUGGAGAAAGGCCUAAUUAAUGACGUCACGCUGAACAUCCCGCCCGGUUUAAUUGAGUCCGGCUUCCACGGGGAGGCUUCAGUGAUAACUCAUCUGAAAGGCAAGCGGUUCACUUCAGAAGCACUUGCGGCUCUCGAAAACGCCAUGUUGACCCGUCACUUGAGCGGUGACGUCAGAAAGUUGGACGACAAAGAACAAUUUGUCGCUAAGUGCUUCGACCAAGUCGUCAACACUGUGUAA